UUAUGUAAAGAUGUUCAGAUGGGGAUCAUUCAGUCGAUUUAACGCAGCUGAAAAACAGUCGAGUUGUGCGCAGCGCAUCGCCUUUUAAUCUGAUUCUGCAACAAUAGUGCCGUUAUUCUGCUAUAACUCGUUACACAGAGCGCAUUGUGAAUGCGGAAAGUGAAAUCGGAAAUUUCAUUACGCAAAACCGGACACUUGACACGGAACUUCCGCUAUACGUAGACAUAUUGAAUUUUUCUUCGCGCCGCAAACUAAUCGCAGAACUUUCGGUUAAAUAUAUUUUGUUUGCUUUCUUCUGAAUUCAUAUCGUCGACAAGGUGUCAAACGAAUGGCUCAACAUUGUUGAAGCGCCAUAGAAGCGAUUCCAUCAUUUCGCGCUUAACGCGGUGUGACUAGUUGAAAGUUUAAUUGCGGUGCUAAAGAGGUGAACGCGCUGAAAACAAGAGUGUCAAGAUACAAUUCGCAAGUCGAUAGCGCCACAACAAUCAUCGACACUUCAACGGUGGUCGUGUGAAACGGGUGUGAUGGAUAUGUUGGCUUUGUAGUGAUUUCUACUAAUUUGUGUUUGUAAGAAGUGUUAUCUGAUUGAUCGCAUACAAUUUCACAUUAAAGAUUAAUUGCGAUUGUAGAGAUCUAUUACAGUACGCGCCAAAAAAAUCAAAAAUACGAAGUUCAGACAAAUUGUGCGAAUGAUCUCUAGUUCUAAAAAAAUAGCAAUAAUAAUAAAUUACCGCAAGUUCAGCGUACGCUGAAUCUAUUUUACCGUGCCGUCCAAGAAGUCGAGUUAUUUUGAGAUCGCGAAACUUUUCAACACCUUUAGACAUUUCGCUUGCAACAAACAAAUGUGUUGUACAAUAAAAAAUUAAAAAGAAAAAUCAAACAAUGAUAAGCUAAGUGUAAUUGGCAAAUUCCGUUUUCGACAUUUUUAUUGUGAUUUCUGUGUGAAAUGAUUUACUCUCGAUUUCAUUCUUUACAUACCAUCAUUCGCACCCAAGAUCAGUGAAAUUUUGUUAUACAUAAUUUGACAAGUGCGCGAAAAACUAAGUGUGAAAAUUAUUGAAAACAAGCAAUUGAUAUGAAAUCAAAUAAAAUUUAGUAAAUUUUGUAUAAACAGAUUGAAUUGCAAUCAUUUGUUAAAAAGUGUAAGCUGACUAGUGCAACCUACAGUUGGUGUAAAACAGCUUUUUUCAUUGUUUACAUUCGGAACUCCUAGUUUUGUUAUGCAUCAGGCUAUUUAUCGACGACCCGUGACGAAUUUUAUGGGACCCAACGAGUGUGCCAGCGCUAUGGUUUCCACAAUGUCGUUUAUGGAUAACGGUGGUUUGAGUACCAACAUUGCAGACUAUGGUUGCUAUACAACAGAUUAUUGGGCAGCUCCAUACACCGGAGGACUCAGCCCGAUGAAACAGAUCGAAGCUUGCAUACAAACCGCUGGCAAAGAUCGCAGUUCAUACAAGCCGCUCGAGCACAUCGAUGCCAAAAUGACCGACUUAGAGACGCAGAGCAACAAUAGCAGUGGUGGCAAUAGUAUUAGCAGCAACACGGGCAGCAGUUGUUCAGAUAGCAGCAACAACAACAAUAAUAACAACACUAGUUAUAGCAAUGGCAACGAGAAUGGCAACAACAGUAUUACAACAACACAAGGCAAAAAAUAUAAGAGCAACAAAAAGGAUGCGACAGCAAAUAACAACAACAAUAACAGCAAAAGCGAGGAACCUAUGCAUCCAACGCUGGCACAGGCUGUGGUCGUGCUAGAAACGAAGGCUUUGUGGGACAAGUUCCACGAACAAGGCACUGAGAUGAUAGUCACCAAGACUGGACGACGCAUGUUUCCAACAUUUCAGGUGCGCAUCGGUGGACUGGAUCCGCAAGCGACCUAUAUAAUGAUGAUGGACUUUGUGCCAGUCGAUGACAAACGCUAUCGCUAUGCAUUCCACAAUUCAAGUUGGGUAGUCGCUGGCAAAGCGGAUCCCAUCUCCCCGCCACGCAUACACGUACACCCCGAUUCACCAGCGCCAGGUGCUAAUUGGAUGAAACAAAUCAUUUUAUUUGACAAACUCAAAUUGACCAAUAAUCAACUGGAUGAAAAUGGACAUAUAAUAUUAAAUUCCAUGCACCGAUACCAGCCACGUUUUCACAUCGUUUACCUGCCACCGAAAAAUAAUUCAUUGGACGAGAAUGAGCAUUCGAGCCACUUCCGCACAUUCAUCUUCCCGGAGACAUCAUUUACAGCCGUCACUGCCUAUCAGAAUCAACGUGUUACUCAAUUGAAAAUUGUCAGUAAUCCCUUCGCCAAAGGUUUUCGUGAUGAUGGAACUAAUGAUGUCACUGGUGGAUCUAUGGGCAUGUCCCAGAUGAGCCAAGAAAGUCAGGCUAGAAUGAAGCAACACAAUGCCCAGCAUCAUCACCACCAGCAGCAGCAACAUCAACAGCACAUUCAGCAACAACAAUUGAAGGCCAACAGUAAGGAUGUAAAUUUAGCAGUCGCCGAAUUGGAAAACCAACAGAACGCAUUGAUCUCCGCACAUGUGAUUCAGCCAGUAAACGAUUCGCCCAGCGCCGCAAUCGCUGCCAAUACAUCACCAGAAUUGCUGGGCUAUCAGCAAUGUCUCUCCAGUGGCGGCAGCAGUAGCAGCGUAAAUGGACAUAUGAAUAACGGUUUAAUGCCACCAACACCAAAUGGAGGUGGUCACCACCACCUGCACAAUCCUCAUGCUCACCAUCAUAAUCACGGUCAGCACAGCAUCUCACCGAAGCUGGAUCACACUGCAGCGAGCGCGAAUACGACAACAGCCACCGGUGUGAGUGGUGUAACCAGCGCUUAUGCGCACGCUGCACACAAUGGUGGCAGCAGCAGUGCAACCAAUGCUGGCGGUCUCAUGCCAACGACGCACACACAUCACGCACACUUCAGUGCCGCCGCCGCAGCCGCGCAGAGCCAGAUGAUGUCGACGGCGGUAACGCAGUCGCAUGUGUCACACUCACAGGUGAUGGCCGCGAAUAUUUACUCGUCGAUUGCACAGCCAUACGCCAGUGAGAACAGUAAUUUUGGCGCGAUCUAUCAUCAUCAGCACUAUCACAGCGGCUAUGGGAAUCCCUAUGACAAGCUGAAGGUGACGGGUCACAUGCGUCAGUCGCCCGCCUCGACGGCUGGCAGCCCAACAGCGAUGGCCACGGCAGCGGCCGCGGCAAAUGCUUACGGCAUCAGUAGCUAUCAAUCGUUCUAUGGGUCGCCGCAUCAAAUGAUGCGUCCCAAUGGUUAUAUUGAUUUGGUGCCGAGAUAAAUACUUUGCUGUGCAUCGUACAGCGGAAAAAGUCAAUAUAUGAAAAGUCAAAUAUUUUAUUUUUAAGUGCAAUUAAAUGAGAAUAAUAUUAAUCCAUAAUUUGUAGUAAGUUUUGUUUGCACUCAAAGGAAAGUAUUAGUUUGUUGAAUUUAUGUAUUAAAAUAAUUACAUAUUUUUUGCGCAAUAUAUCGUAAGUAGUUAAUCAGUCAGAAAUCGUGCAAC